AUGCCAGGCUUUGACUUCUCCAAUCAUACUCGGAAUGCCGCCUUACACGCAAAAGGCUUACCACUUCCUAAAGCUACGAGUACUGGAACUACUAUUGUUGGAUGCAUUUUCGAUGAAGGCGUUGUGAUAGCUGCGGAUACUAGGGCAACGAGUGGACCUAUAGUAGCUGAUAAGAAUUGCGAGAAGCUUCACUACAUUGCUCCUCAGAUUUGGUGUGCAGGCGCCGGUACAGCGGCAGAUACAGAGUUUACAACCGCCCUAAUAUCCAGCCAACUUGAGCUUCAUUCUCUCUCUACUGGUCGCAAGCCACGCGUCGUCACAUGUAUGACUAUGCUUAAACAGCAUCUCUUCAAGUACCAAGGCCAUAUUGGCGCUUAUCUCGUUAUUGCUGGGGUUGACCCAACAGGAAUCGGUCUUUUUAGUGUACAUGCCCAUGGAAGCACUGAUAAGCUCCCGUAUAUAACCAUGGGUAGUGGUUCUCUAGCAGCUAUGUCAGUCUUCGAAACACAAUGGAAACAAGGAAUGACAGAGGAAGAAGCCGUGAGUUUGGCGUCGAAUGCGAUCCAGGCUGGUAUCUUCAACGACCUGGGAUCUGGCUCAAAUGUUGAUGUGGCAAUCAUCAAGAAAGAUAUGACAACUCUGAAGCGUGGCUUUAUAAAACCGAAUGAGAGAAGUAAAAAGCAGAAAAGUUAUGUCUUCAAGAGAGGAACCACAGCUAUCCUGAAUGAAAAAGUUAUAGCCCGGGAGGAAAUGGGUAAGUACAUCACGAUUCAUGAAUUAGGUGGUACAGAUGCGGCACCUGGGGAAAAAAUGGAUCUUGAUUCUUAG